AUGAUGUUGUGGUGCACCCUCACCUAUCUUUUGCCACUUUUCUCUACAGUCGCGGCUUCACCCGUCGGCCGAGAGCUGGAUGUCGACUGCUCUCCCGACUCAUCGUCCGGCUUGAAGCCUGAGUGCUGGGCCGCGCUCGAAAUGGACAAGUACAUCACCGACUGGAUGGCCGCCAACGGCACGGCAGCGGGAUGCGACACUCUUGGAUUCGCCCAGUGUUAUCUUCAGUUCAACGGUCUGACCACAUUGACCUGUGAUAGAAUCACGUCUUCGACCUGUCCCCCUCCAUCAUCUAGGUUUACAUACUCUAGCAACCAGCAUUUCUACGCUCUGUGGAACAUCUAUGCCGUCUACCAAUUCUUCACCCAGUACUCCCAGGCUCUCAGCAAUGGAGCCUCUCUCGCAGGCCAGACAGUCGACAAGAUUGUGGCCACGGUAGCGCCGCCUAUUGAGGCCCAGCAGCCCGCUAGUUCCCUCAUGAAUAUCCUGGGAUCCACUCUCGGUGUUGCCAGCCUCUUCACGGGUGCCAUUCCAGGCGAUGCCGGCACGAUACUCGGGCUCAUACAAACCGGCCUGUCUCAAGCUCUCUUGGCUAAAAAGAAUCUCCCGGAGACCCUGGUGAAACCCUCACAGACGGCUGAUGAUCGCUUCAUCCAGCUUGGCGACAUUGGCUCCUCUCUUGCCAACCUCGUCAAGGACUACCAGAACAACCUCCUCGAGACUGUUGCCUCUAUCCAACGCGAUCACACCCUAUUCACCGCCGCGUGCGGCCAGGGCGGCUUCUCGCAGCGCGUCACCGCCUCCCUGACCAUCCAGUCCGCCCAGCUCUAUCGGCAACUACAGCUCUUUAUCCUUUCGAGCGCGUUGAAGGCCAACGGCAUCGUGUCGGCGAAGAGCACGGGGGUCGACGCACUGCAGUUUGCGACCCAAACUGACGAGAUAUCGUGCACGGCACUCAGCCCCGGCGGUUUCUGCAACCAAUGGUGGCUCGAUGGGGAAGGUAACACCUACUCCUUUCAUAACCCCGGGGACACGCGCAACACACACAUCGAAUUGACGAAGACAAUUGUUCAAGAGGAGUGGGCUACGCUGGACCAGGUCUUCCAGAUCGAGGACUGCGCAGGGAAGGAACCUGAGUUCGACGCAGCGUCUCUAGGCGUCAGGUGCAUAGCGACGCAUGGAUUCUGCGAGUGGAACUAUCAGCCUACCUACGCCGAAACCAGGAGGGAGCCUCAAUUUAAGAAUUGCCCAAAUGAUCCCAAAUGGGGUUAUCUCUGCAGCAGCUGGGAGAACCGGCUUCUCGUUCCCGAGUCGUACCUCGGCCCACUCCUUAUUGAGGGUAGGUUCGGGUUUGAACGACAGGAUACGUAA